AUGAUCACAAACCUGAUAGAUAAAGCAGAGAUUACGACCAAACAAUGGUGGCCGUUGUUGUUUUCUUCGGUGGGUGGAAUAUGCGACGGAUGAGAUGUGUUCUUUCUGGUGAUGAAGAGAGAGUGGAUCCUUAACGUUGGUAAUGCGAGAGAAGAAAACUUUCAUAAGUGGCACGAUAAAAAUUAAGAUUUAACCAUUUUAUGGGGACAUAUUAAUCGAAUACAUCUACAUUGAAUC